AUGGGAGCUCUUCUGUUGAAUUGCUUUCGCAAUAGCUACGAGUGAGUUCAUUUGACUAACAUGUGUUUGUAGUGUAGCUGAUAAGUGGAAAGUUCAAGUAUUCUAAGUCACCAAUUAUUCAUUUUCUUCCCAAUUUGUUUAUUAACUUCAAUCUAAUUUCAGCGGCAGUGUCUCAGUCGAGAAGAAAGUGGAAAACGAUGGACCGUAAGUUGAUUUUAAUUUGUUUGAAUAUCGGAUUAUAAGACAUUGGCGGGCGCUAAAUAUCAAGUAAUGUAUGAAGACCGAAAGGUUAAGUUGCUCAGUUGUUAUUUUGUUUUGCCGCUGAGCGAUAGCCACACACCACUCAUUAUUUUGUACACAUUCUGACGCGCGAAAAUAACUUCAAAAAUUUUGUAUCAUUGACGUCUUUUCGCUACAAGGGGUGUUGAUUCUAAGAAAAUGAUAUAAUUUGGAGUCGAACUAUAAUUCAGUAUUCCAUUUCUGAAAAAAAUGAGUAAAGGGACAUCCAGUUUUUCAUGAAAAUCCCUUGCGACGUCUCCAAACUGAUUGUUUUCACGGUUCUGACUCGGUCGCGUUGGUUGCUUGUUUGGAUAACCAAAGAAAUUCUCGAGGGUUUGUCAAAUGGUUCAAUCCAACUGGAAACAGCGCUUCUCAUGUGACAUUUCCGUGAGAACAGCAAGUGCGUUACGCAUGAACAGAACGCGCACCGUGAGAAUCUCGUGACUGGAUGCAUAAUCCGAGGAAUUACACAUCGGGAUAAGGUGACCGACCGCCGGAUUAGUGCAAUCCAAUCGUGUCGUCGUAUGCAUGGUUUUUCGGAACCAAACGUGUUGAUAGAUCAAAAGUAAUAUUGCUAACUCCACUCAAUUUGAGAAAAUGUGAUUGCCUACGUCACGCGUUUUGCGGAAUUAAUCAAUCAGAAUGAGCUAUUGAAACCGAAUUAGUGAAUAAAUAAAUUUUUUUGAUUUAUAUAUACAAAUAUAUAUAUAUAUAUGUAUAUAUAUAUAUAUAUCUAGCCAAAGAUAUCGAUGGAGAUCUAGAGAUAAUAUAAAAUAGUUUUUGAGGUGAAAAUUUCAGCUCUUUUCCAGUUUGUUGCGAACUUGUCAUACAUACAUGACGUCACUAAUUGAGUUGAUUUCUUCCUACUAACACCUGCCGUAGUGAGCACUUUUUCAGUAUAGGACUUCCUGGACAUUACACAUAAUGCGGGGAGAGAAAAAUGACAACGAUAUUCAGAAGUGCUCUUCAGCACGUGCUCCGUCUGAAGCACGAAAAAAAAAACAGUGUUCAAAGUACCAAGUGGGAAGAAGAUUACCGGAUUUCGGGUUUCGCAAUUGUUCUCACCCCCACAGUACAGUCGGCGCGGGGAAAAUUGGAAGCAUUAGAAGCUUGCCGCCAAUGUGUAUUUAUAGCGUUAACAGCAGCAGCCCGGACGAUCAAAAAGAGAUUGUCUGCACAUUUCAAAACACAUACACCAGAUAUCUAAAAACAUUCCUGUUUCAGACCGACUUAUGAAAUCGUCUUCGGCUGGUCGCAGUCGUUCGAGAAUCUGAUGAAACAUCGAUGUAUGAGACGUAACUUUGUAGUCAAGUCACACGUUUUUGUUUUUCAGCGGGGCAAAAGUACUUUGCCGAGUUCCUGAAGGGCGAGUACUCGGAUGAGAACAUCCUGUUCUGGCAGGCUUGCGAGGAGCUCAAACGUGAGAAGAACGCUGAGAAGAUCGAAGAGAAGGUCAGUUGGGGCAUUGGUGAAUCACUCAAAGUACAUAAUCUCAUCCUCAUUAGUGCAUUGAAAUCGGUAGACUGCUGAUGUGUCUAGUCUAAUCCUGUCUGUCUGUCUGUCUAAAGUACGUUCAAAUCCAUUCGGAUUGUGAUAGUAUGCACGUGUUGCUGGAAAUACCGGUAGAAGGAAAAUGACUGAACCAACUUUUUUUCAGGCUCGCAUCAUCUACGAAGACUUCAUCUCGAUUCUCUCACCAAAAGAGGUCUCCCUCGACUCGAGAGUCCGCGAGAUCGUUAACACGAACAUGGGCCGUCCGUCGGCCUCAACCUUCGACGAAGCUCAGAACCAGAUCUACACUCUCAUGCAGAGAGACAGCUACCCGAGAUUCCUGGCCUCACCUAUCUACAAGGCGGCCAUUCAGAACUUCGGAAUCAAAGAAGAGGCAGUAUAA